CUGGAUCCGGGCUCGGAGACUACACUCCGUAUUGCAGGCUUUCUUUGUCUACAACAUGCGCUUUUAGAGAUUUGCUCAUUCUCCUUUCUAUUCUGUUCCCAUAGUUCAUGGUUGGAGACUUUCAUUCGCCUGUCUUGUUAGUUGCUUCGAAUCUUCACUCCCUUGACCGAUUCUUGGCGAUUAUCCCGCAACUUGUAAUAUCGACACGUCUUAAAGCUCCGAACCCGUUAUAUGACGACUCCAUUCCUGGAAUGGCGAACCGUCAACUCACUCGACGAAUCCUUCUCAGCAUAUCCUUAGCGAUAUUUUUCAUCUUUAUCCUCUUCUCCCGACCCGAAGGCCCUCCGAGCCCCGCCGUUCGUGCUCCCGGGCACAUCGAUAAGUCUACCCCGAAAGGUCCAAUCUCAAAAGAGAUGCUCAAGGGGGAUGUGGUGAUGCCUCAUUUAGGAAAUGAAACUGCAAAAGCGGAGCUAGGACGUGCGACGUGGACAUAUUUGCAUACAAUGAUGGCUCGGUAUCCCGAAAACCCGACAGAGGAACAGCAGGAGGCAUUGCGAUCAUUUAUCUAUUUGUUUGCGCGACUCUAUCCAUGCGGCGAAUGCGCUGUCCACUUUCAAAAGCAUCUCUCAAAAUACCCACCUCAAGUCUCUUCGCGAAAUGCCGCAGCAGGCUGGGCAUGUUUCCUUCAUAAUGAGGUCAAUUCCAUGCUCCACAAACCUCAAUUCGAUUGCAGCAAGAUAGGAGACUUCUACGAUUGCGGCUGUGAGGGAGAACCUGAUGGUGAGACGGAGGACUCGGACUUGAAAGAUGGGAACAAGUCAACUGGCCGUGACAACGAGGUAGCCAAAGACGAAAACUUUCCUGUUGAAAUUUCGAAGGAGCCAACUACACGGGGUUGAUGGCCUUCAAACUCUCCCAUUUACAAUCUUAGUCUUUGAAACUUUCUUAAUUUGUCGACUAUAGAUAUACCGCCAAGAUAUUUCCCGCAUCCGUGUUGCAACGCUGGAUCGUUAACACUCCACUCGAACAGAGCCGGUCUCUCUUAUACAGUACAGCGCAGCGCCAGCCAUAUAUUAUUUUUAUAUUUUGUUUAACUAGCAUUAUUGAUACGCCAUUAUGCAUCAAGCUCACGUUAAUACAAGCUGAGGAUGGUAGAAUCGGCGUUGUUGAUUCAUAGGAAUUUUUAUUGGGCUAGUUCCUCCUUUCCAUUCUCCUCGCACGAUCAUCCUCCGCAUAAUGUGAAUCGACGCAAAUAGCAGCCCAUCCUUGUGUCCGAGAGAUGCGCAGUCGACUCCUAGCUCGUUAGUAUGUAUGGAAUCACUGAUAGAGAACGUCGCUUGCGCCGAUUUUCUACUGGCUUAAUCGACACAUUUUGUUUUUGCAGAUGUAGUGUAGUCCAAGCGGUG